AUGGGUGUGUGUCAAUCGUGCUGCGGAGGGAGGUCCCGCGAUGGACUCUACGAGCCAGUUCUCGCCGACAGCGAACGCGAGGCUGUCGCUGACCUUCUCCAGUAUCUGGAAAACCGGGGUGAAACGGACUUCUUCUCGGGUGAACCCCUUCGAGCUCUAAGCACACUCGUCUUCUCCGAAAACAUCGACCUCCAACGGAGUGCUAGCCUUACGUUCGCUGAAAUCACAGAGCGAGAUGUUCGUGAAGUUGACCGCGAUACUCUCGAGCCCAUCCUCUUUCUCUUGCAGAGCCCGGAUAUCGAAGUCCAGCGCGCCGCAAGCGCUGCCCUUGGCAAUUUGGCGGUCAACACCGAAAACAAGGUCCUGAUUGUCCAGCUCGGCGGACUUACCCCUCUCAUCAGACAGAUGCUGUCACCAAAUGUCGAAGUACAGUGCAACGCCGUCGGUUGCAUCACCAACCUAGCCACCCACGAGGAGAACAAGGCCAAGAUUGCCCGGUCUGGAGCAUUAGGCCCCCUGACAAGGUUGGCAAAGUCCAGGGACAUGCGCGUUCAGAGAAACGCAACUGGGGCUUUGCUCAACAUGACGCACUCAGACGAAAACCGCCAGCAGCUCGUUAAUGCCGGUGCCAUACCGGUCCUUGUCCAGUUGCUGUCCUCGUCGGACGUCGACGUGCAGUACUAUUGCACAACCGCUCUCAGCAACAUUGCCGUCGACGCUAACAACAGACGCAAGCUUGCACAGACCGAAUCGAAGCUUGUCUCUUCCCUCGUCACUCUCAUGGACUCUUCGUCUCCCAAGGUGCAGUGCCAGGCAGCACUCGCACUCCGCAACCUCGCUUCGGACGAGAAGUACCAGCUCGACAUAGUACGAUCGAACGGACUCGCGCCACUGCUCAGACUCUUGUCGUCCUCCUACCUCCCUCUAAUUCUUUCCGCCGUCGCAUGCAUACGAAACAUAUCCAUUCACCCGCUGAACGAGUCGCCCAUUAUCGAAGCUGGCUUCCUGAAACCGCUGGUCGACCUCCUCGGUUCCACCGAAAACGAAGAGAUUCAGUGCCACGCCAUCUCGACCUUGAGAAACCUUGCCGCCAGCUCUGAUCGCAACAAGGCGCUGGUCCUUGACGCUGGUGCGGUUCAGAAGUGCAAGCAACUGGUUCUCGACGUUCCUGUGACGGUCCAAUCCGAGAUGACGGCUGCGAUUGCCGUUCUAGCUCUUAGCGACGAGCUGAAGUCGCACCUCUUGAACUUGGGUGUCUUCGAGGUCCUCAUUCCUCUCACGCACUCCCCAAGCAUCGAGGUUCAGGGCAACAGUGCCGCGGCCCUCGGCAACCUCUCCUCGAAAGUAGGCGAUUAUGCCGUAUUUGUUCAGGACUGGAAAGAACCCAACGGUGGCAUCCACGGAUACCUCACGAGAUUCCUCCAGAGUGGCGACGCGACGUUUCAGCACAUAGCAAUCUGGACCCUGCUCCAACUGCUCGAGUCGGAGGACAAGAACCUCAUUCAACUGAUUGGGCAGGCCCAAGACAUUGUCGACCAAAUCAAGGAGAUCGCCAAUCGUCAAAUCGAGCCGGACAACGAGUUCGAAGACGACGACGAGGGCGAAGUCGUCAACCUGGCGCAGCGGUGUCUGGAGCUGCUCGGCCAAAGUGGCUCAAAGUCUCAUAUCGAAGGCUGA